GGUCUCUCCUGCCUUUCAGGUCAGUCAGGUGAUGUCACAGUGACGCCAGCAAACAGGAAGUGCUCGGCCGUUACAGGAAGUGCCCGGAAGAUCAAAGACAACGCGGCCGACUGGCACAACCUGAUGAUGAGGUGGGACAAACUCACCGAGGAAGGGUUCAACGUGGCGGGAAACAUCGUCAACAUCAAACUGACAAGCUCUCAGAGCGAUCAGCUGCUGCUGGUGGACGAGUCUUCAUCAUCUUCAUCAGCGGGGCUGCAGCAGGGCGGCGGCGGCGGCGGCGGCGCUGAGCUGCAGGACGAAUGCUGCAAACUGCAGGACGUCAUCGAUAAAAUGGUUGCCGUGGUGACAAAGAUGGAGCGUCUGAUGACAUCACAGCGAGGAAUUCAGGACCUAGAGGAGUUUCAGUUCGGACCUGAGGGCAGAAAGUUCCCUCUGUUUCUCACCUGGAACACCAAACACUUCGGUGAGUUCACCUGUUCACCUGAGCGCUACGGUCUGUGGCUCUGUCGGCAGGUGGCGCUGUUUGUUGCCAGCGGUCAGUGUGAUGAGGAUGGAGGCAGUAAACAGGGCGAUGUCUCCUCUCCGCGCUGUGACACCCAGCUGCCAUUAAAACAACUGGAACAACAUCUGGAACAACAUCUGGAACAACAUCUGCUGCUGCAACACCGCUGUGACUCAGAGUAA